GAAGAGCAAAAAGUGGAGAGAGCAUUGGAUUGAAGGCCACUACUUUCCCAAAAUUUCUCCUAAUUCGGGAAAAGGGAACUUCAAUUGUUUCUAAAGGAACAUAGAGGAUCAGAGAUCAAUCGGUCAAUCAAUCCAAUCCAAUCCAAUCAAAUCAAGCAUUAAUUAAUUAAUUAAUCAAUCAAUCAUGUCGUGUUCUUCGUCAUCGGCCUCUGAGGAGGAAGAUGAGGACAUGGAUUCCUACAGGAAAGGAGGUUACCACGCAGUCAGAAUCGGUGAUUCAUUCGCUAGCGGUCGGUUUCUCGCUCAACGGAAGCUCGGAUGGGGUCAAUUUUCCACCGUUUGGCUUGCUUACGAUACCCAAACAUCUAAGUACGUUGCACUCAAGAUCCAGAAAAGUGCACCAGAAUUUGUGCAAGCUGCCCUCCAUGAAAUCGAGAUUCUUUCUGCUAUCGUUGAAAAUGACCCUAAAAACGAAAAAUGUGUUGUACAAUUAGUGGAUCACUUCAAGCACAGAGGCCCAAAUGGACAACAUUCAUGCAUGGUUCUUGAGUUUCUCGGAGACAGCAUAUUGCACCUCAUCAGAUAUAACCGUUAUAAAGGCCUUAACUUGAUCAAGGUAAGGGAGAUAUGCAGAUGCAUACUGAUUGGACUUGAUUAUUUGCAUAGAGAACUUGGUAUUAUACACACAGACCUAAAACCUGAAAAUAUACUUCUCCUUUCCACUAUAAAUCCAUCAAAAGACCCUAUUAGAUCAAAAAUGACCCCCAUUCUUGAACGGUCUGAGGCAAGUUUGAAAGGUGAAGUGGCGGUGAAUGCAAUUGAGAAAAAGCUAAAGCAGAGGGCAAAAAGGGCAGUGGCGAAAAUUGCAGCAGAAAGACGAGGUGCAAUAGGAGCUGUUGCGAAGCCUGAAAGAUGCCUUGAUGGUAUUGACUUCAGAUGCAAGAUUGUGGAUUUGGGAAAUGCAUGUUGGGCAAAUAAACCAAUUGCAGAGGAAAUUCAAACGAGACAAUAUCGAGCUCCUGAAGUUAUUCUACAGUCAGGCUACUCGUUCCCAGUUGAUAUGUGGUCAUUUGCUUGCACUGCUUUUGAGCUUGCUACCGGUGAAAUGAUGUUUGCUCCCAAGCCAGGACAAGGCUUCAGCGAAGAUGAGGACCAUCUUGCUCUAAUGAUGGAACUCCUAGGAAAGAUACCUAGGAAGGUAGCCAUUGGAGGGCUUAGAUCGAAAGAUUACUUUGAUAGACACGGGGACCUCAAAAGGAUCCGUAGACUCAAAUACUCAUCAAUCAGUCGCUUACUGGUUGACAAAUUCAAGUUUCAGGAAACAGAUGCUCGUGAAUUUGCAGAGUUCUUGAAUCCGAUUCUUGAUUUUGCACCAGAUAAGCGGCCAACGGCACAGCAGUGUUUGCGACAUCCGUGGCUCCGUCAGGCUGCCGCCAAGACGGUGGCCUGAAAAUACUAAUCUGGUGCUGACAUGAUUGAUUUUGGCAUAUGGUUAAGGUGGUAAGAUAAGAAGGGAUCAGAAGGUGUUUUUUAUUGCAGCUUAUUAUCCCUCUCAUUCUCACCUGUAUUUUGUUUACAUAUUUUUGUUUUUGUGAAUUGCAAUAAUAUUUGAUUAUGUUUGAAAUCGAGAACGAUGUAAUAUAGAAGAACACGAUAGUUACAGAAAUUUAGUAGCGAUUUGGGUGCGUACCGCAACUGAAAUCGAGAUUCUUGAUUAUAUUGUCCAUUUUAUGUAAAAAAGAUGAUAUGAACGCUAAUGUAUGUUAUUCAAUAUGAUCGUUAUGGAUUAAUUUUCAA